AUGUUUAGCACAAUUGCAAAGAAGAAUUUGAGGAGUCUUUUGCAUACUCUUGAACAGAGAAGAAAUAUCAUUCUAACUAGAGAUAUAGAGGAACAACUCAGCAGCAAGCCUAUGAAACCCGUUAUUGUCGUCGGAGGAGGGCAUGCAGGUGUGGAAGCUGCUACAGGAAGUGCUCGUUCUGGCAUCGGAAAAGGUACAUUGCUUAAGGAAAUAGAUGCUUUGGACGGUUCCGCACCACGGAUCGUUGACAAGGCUGGUAUCCAGUUUAAGGUCUUAAAUAGAUCACGUGGUGCAGCUGUGUGGGGCCACCGAGCACAGAUAGAUAGAGAGCUAUACAGAUGUGAAAUGGAAGAUUAUGUAGCCAAUUACCCAAACUUGGAAGUGUAUGAAGGGAAGAUUGAAGAUUUGAUCAUCGAAGAAUUUGACAAAUGUGAUUCAAAUGGACGUUCUUAUGGCAAAGUAAGAGGUGUGAUCUUGGGAAAUGGUGAGAUGUUAAGGUGUGAGAAAGUGGUGAUUACCACAGGAACAUUUUUGGGUGCUGAAAUUCACAUCGGGCUGAAAGCUUGGCCUGCCGGACGAAUAGGUGAGUGUGCAUCAUACGGAUUGAGUGAUACAUUCAAGCGCAUCCAUUUCCGUAUGGGAAGGCUUAAAACAGGAACUCCACCUAGGCUUUCUGGUAGAACCAUAGAUUACACUAAGGUAAAGAAGGAAUAUGGAGAUAUGCCGCCUGAACCAAUGAGUUUUAUACAUGAUUCUCCGUCUAUCAAAGCAGACGAUCAGAUUCUGUGCUAUUCCACGCACACAACAGAGCCUUUGAGGAAUUUGGUUCUUGCGAACUUAGACAAGUCCAUACACAUUAAACAGGAUGUUAAGGGACCCCGUUACUGUCCAUCACUUGAGUCAAAAUUGAUACGUUUCAAAGAUAAAAAGGAGCACAGAGUUUGGCUGGAGCCUGAGGGAUUUCACACAGAUGUAAUGUAUCCGAAUGGAAUUUCUAACACGAUGCCUGAAGAUAUCCAGGAUAAGCUGCUUAGGAUGAUCAUUGGUUUAGAACGUGUCAAAAUGCUUCAACCGGCAUAUGGUGUUGAAUAUGAUUACAUAGAUCCUAGGGAACUUCGCCGAACAUUGGAGACGAAGCUAGUAGAUGGAUUGUUUUUAGCAGGACAAAUAAACGGAACAACUGGUUAUGAAGAAGCAGCUGCACAGGGAAUAGUUGCUGGAAUUAAUGCUGGCCUCUCCUCUUUAAAUAAAGAGCAGCUCAAAUUGGACAGAGCGGACGGAUAUAUUGGAGUUUUGAUCGAUGACUUGGUCACCAAGGGUGUUACUGAACCUUAUAGAAUGUUCACCUCGAGAUCAGAAUUUCGUGUCAGUGCACGUUCUGAUAAUGCGGAUAGACGUCUCACCGAAUUGGGAAGAAAGCUUGGAUGCAUUCGGGAUGAGAGAUGGGAUUCAUACUCCACUGACAAGAGAUUGUAUGAUGAAGCCAUGAGCAAGUUGAGCUCAUUCGUGUUAAGUACUAAUAAAUGGGGACGCCAAUUGACGACGAUUAACAUCUCUGAUGAUUCCACUAAACAGUCGGCAUUCGAAAUUUUAAGAUAUCCUCAUGUUGUUUUGGAUGAUGUUCUAAGAAUUGUGGAAGAUCCAUUUUUGACAAGCUUACCCCGAAGGAUUAAGGUCGCUAUAAAGGUUGAAGGUAAUUAUCAAGGUUAUAUGAGCAAGGAGAGGGCGUAUAUCAGAGCAUUUAGAUCCGAUGAGAAAUUACCAUUACCAAUCGACUUUGAUUAUUCCUCUAUUUCAAGUUUGUCAUCCGAGGUGAUUGAAUUAUUAAAUGAGGUGAAACCGGAAACAAUUGGACAAGCUCGUAGAAUUCAAGGUGUUACACCUGUAGCAAUAUUCGAACUUUACCGUGUGAGUAAGCAUGGAUGGAGUGCGGAAGAAGCAGAUGAUGAAUUUCCUGAAUGA